AUGGACUCCUAUCUCCGUUGUGGUUUUGUUGCAGUUGAGGUACAUUGUUGUGUUUGUUUGUUGUAUUUUUAGGGUUAUGUGUAUAGCUCAGCCAAUCAUUUAUAUGGAGUGGAAAUUAAUGCAGAAUUUUGUGAUCUGCAAGAGAAAACAAUACAGAAAUAUCAGUUUUCGGACAGAAUCAAGGUAAUAGUUCAACAAAAACAAUCAUUGAUAUAGAUACGCUUGUCGGGCAUCUUGGUAAAUAAAUUAACUUAAUAGAGUGAAUGUUGAUAAUGUAUUUGAGAAAUAUAGUAAAAAUGUAAAUAUUAUCACAAACAUUCUCUGUAAUUGGUUUAUAACCCCAAGAUCAGGGCUGAAUUUCUAUCCCAGGCUCACCUUUAUUAUAAAAAUACGUUCUAUGUUGGUGUCGUUCUAAGGUGUCACAAGAAAGUCAUUAAUAAGAUAUACCCACUGUAUCUCUCAUUGCAAAGGCAAAAAUAUUUAUCACUUUAAACAAGUAGGACUUCAUACCAGCAUAUUAAAAAAAACAAAAAAAACAAGCAUAAUUAUUUUCUUAGUUAUUCUCUCACACUUUCAGUUCUAUACUGCCACCAUUGUAGUGGCUGCUGAAUUUCUCGGCAAUUUAUAAAUAAUAAUAAUAAUCGGUUUUCUCUUCUAUGUCCCCCCCACAGGUAUACCAGUCGGACAUAUGUAGUCAGAAGUCCCUUCUUCAAGAUGCAGAUGUGGUUGUCUUAAAUAAUGUGUUUGAAUAUUUUCUCGGGAAAGAAAACCAAUUGAAGUAAUUUUCACUAUUUUUAUAUCUAUGAUAUGUUAAUGAAGAUUUGUCCCCUGCAAACUUAGGUCAGGAGCAUGUAAUGGUUCAAUAAUUUUGAGAUGAUCUAUUUCAUUUAUUCAAAUAUUUAUUUAUUUUUCCACGUUACAGUUUUUGAAACACGUAGUACAGAGAGAGGUAUUAUUGCACAUUAAUCAGUGUUUAUUAUAUGAUUACAGGCAUUGCGAAUAAACAGUCAUUUGUAGUGUAUUGACAGGACAUCCUGGUAAAAAUAAUGUACCCACUUGUUUUCAUUUUGUCUAAAUUUUGCAAUUAGUGCAUCAUUUCCCCUCAAUUAACUAUUCGCACAUAAAAUACUUACUAUGUGUUAGUACUGAUGGAUGAAUAUCUGUAUAAGUAAUCCGUGUUUGUAUUUGUUGGGAACAUGUGAGCUACUGUAAAUAGAAAUUAUCUUUUAGGAUGCAGUGUUAGAUUUCUCGUGAACCUGUAGCUGAAUGUAUGUGAACCAUACAAAUAAAAGGACCUGUACAUUUAGUUGGUUAAAAAUGAAUCAGAGCUGUGAAGAGCUGCCGGCAGUUAUAUAGUGUGCGUGCGUGUAGGCCUCAUUCAUUUUUGUAUUUUAAAUUACUGCACAUGUGUACGCUCAAAGAUUCUCCAGUAGAAAGAAAAUGGGAGGUCUGGGACUGACUGAUGUAUCUCACCCACUUCCUGGUUUAAACAGAUGUUAUUGCAGGUGGCUCAAUAGCCAGUGAUUUGUGGCACAGAAAUAGUAUACUAGCUUAUAAAACAUGACGAGGACCACUUUGUGCACGUUAACUUUCAAAAUGUAUUUCUAUGAUUUUUCUUUACACCUGCACUCAGCUCUUUUUUUUAUGACCCAAUUCACUCUGAGUUAAUAGUAAAAUGCAGGACAUUUUCCUUUAAACUUUAUAUAUAUAUAUUUUUUUUUUUAUUAAGCAAUUUUCAAGUUUACAGUGAACAUUUCCUUGUACAGUCUGUAAAUCAAGUUGUUGUCAUGUGUACAGAGAUACAUUGUCAUCUUGCUGGGUUACAUACAUGUUUAACAUAGUGUUCACUUAAAACAGUUUUUAAUGGUAUAUCAACUGGGGAGAAAGGGUAGGGGUAGAAGGGGAGGGGGGGGGUUGUACAGGGGUUGAGAGUCCAAGUCUGAGUUGUUUAGUAUUUGCAUUCUUUUGGUUAGGUAGGAGGGAGGAAGGAGUUUGGAGUCUUGAAGGAUUCGCUUUGUGGGGUAUUUUGUCACCCAGUAAUUUGUUAUAUUUUUAUUGUUGCUACCUGUGAUCGUGCAGGUGGCAUAGUGUCUGUCGCUAUAAUAGUUAUCUCGGGUGGUGAGUUUUCGGAUUGUGUGCUAUGGUGCGGUGGGGAGGGUGGCUUCGUAGGUCUCCCAGAUUUGCCAGGCUGUUUUCCAAAAGGUUGCUUUGGUAGAGAAAGCUGUUCUGCUUGCUAUUUCAUAGAGUUUAGUGGCGUUUAUGAUUUGUGUACAUUGCGGUGUUGUAGAAUUAUUAUGCCUCUAUAAAUCUGUAAGGCCCCUUUAAAUCCUCUUGCUAUACCUCUAAGAGGCCCCAUGGUUUUACAAGAAAGCUUUGUCUAUAGAACAUAGAAUUUGCAUGUCAGCAAGAAAUAGCUUUGAUAAAAUGUGUAUUUACUAAAAGCCUUGAAACCUAACCUUGAGAAACUAACAGUGCCAGCUACACUCUAAAUGGAUAGCUGCCAAAAGGCCCCUCCCGUCGAGUGAGCUCCUCAUGUUAGCAAAAUGGCGCUAAAACCUGGAGGAGAUAAUCAUGACGAGGAUAGUGACCUAGGAUGGUACACCCCAUAGGGAGGGCAUUUUUCUAACUACUUAGCACCUAAGCCAAUUAACAAUGUCUAUUUGUCUAUAUCUUGAUUUUCUUCAAUGAUGUAAUAAUGCCUUUAAAAGGGCCUGCGAGCCUGCUUUUUAUUCAGAAGCCAUUAAACUUCUCCGAAGUUCUUUCAUUAACCUGAACUCUGUGUCUCAGUGUGAAUUUACUUCUGCGUGCACGCAACUUUAUUAUCUUUAAUUUGGACAGGAACAGAUAGUCAUUCAAACUAAUUGGUUUGCAGUAAAUCAACUACAACAGCGGCAUGGUUGGUGCUUCGGCUUUUUUCCAUGACCUGCCUAUUAGAGUUAGGGCUGCUAUAUUGAUUUGGUAGAUCAGGUAUCUGAUUGUUUUAGGGAGUUUUGGUGGGUAGUUGUGGAGUAGUAGGCAGUCUGGGGUUUGCGGUAUGCGGAUGCCUGUGCUGGCUAGGAUUAGAUCUGUCAGUGCGGACCAAUAGGGUUGUAGUACUGGGCAUGUCCACCAUAUGUGGAUCAUUGAUCCGGCUGUCGAGGCGCAACGCCAACAUUUGUCAGAGGCCUCCGGGUACAUCUGUUUGAGGCGUGUGGGCAGUAAGUACCAUCUAUAUAGGAUUUUUCUGGAUAAUUCAGUAUGGUUGGCACUGAGUGUGAGGGUUUUGGGGGUAAUGAAUAUCUUCCUCCACAUUGCUUCGGGGAGGGUUUGUCCUAGGUCUUUUUCCCAUGCUAUGACGAAGGGGUAUCUAAAUGUGGUAUCAUGCUGUAAUAUGUUGGUGUAUAGCAUUGAGAAGGUUUUUUGUGUUGGUAUCAGUUUGAGUAUGGUUUUCUCAAAGCAUGUUAGUGGAGGUUCGUUGGGCGUAAUCUUUACUUCGCUUUGGUGUUUUGUUACCCACGAGUGAAAUUGCCUGUGGGAGAAGUGGGCUGCUGUAGGAAGUCCAUGGAGGUUUUGUACCUCUGUGAAUGUUAGGAGGCGGUUCUCUUGGUACAGUUGAUGUAUGUAAUGUAUACCAUGUCGUUCCCAUAUUUUGUGGUUAAAGUUCGGUAUUAUGGAGCGUAUGGCAGAUAGUGGCAUUGCUCUAGAAUGUGGGCUUUGUGAGCAACAUAUAUGUUUGUUUUUUUCCCACACUCGUAGUGUCGCCUCGGUGGUCGGUAGUAGUGUAGUGUGUUGUAGCUUGCUUUGUUUGGGGGCCCAUAUUAGUGCCAUAAGAGCAUGUGGUUUGACCGCGUCUCUUUCUAUUGUUACCCAUUGGGGGGGUAGGUUUUGACCGUGAAGUAGUAUCGUGCUAUUUAGGAUGGCUGCCUGAUAGUAUGUUUGGAGAUUGGGUGCGUUCAUUCCGCCUUCGGGGGUUUUUUGGUAAAGGAUGCGAGCACUUACUCUUGGCAUCUUAUGGUCCCAAGUGAAUUGGUUGAGUAGUUUUUGUGCUUCCUUGAAAUAUGUGGUUGGGAGGUGGAUAGGUAAGGUUCUGAACAGGUAUUGGAAUUUGGGGAUGAUUAUCAUUUUUAUGGCAGCUAGUCUGUCGGUCCACGAGAGGUAUUUUUUCCGCCAGCUUGUUAAUAUGGUUCGGGUUUCCUUUAGGAGUUUUUGGUAGUUACUUUUAUAUAGGCCUAGGGCGGUGGGUGUGAUGGUCAGUCCUAUGAAGGUGAGAUUGUCUGAUCUCCACUCAAAGUUGUAUUGUUUGGUUAGAGGUGUAUGUUGGGGUGUGUUUAGGCUUAAGGCUUGUGUCUUGGUUAGGUUGAGUUUAUAAUAGGAGCACCUGCUAUAUUCCUGUAGUAGUUGAAGAAAUGUGGGGAUAGAGCUGUGGGGGGUAGUAAGUGUGAGCAGAAUAUCAUCUGCGAACAGCGUGAGUUUGUACUCACGCGGUCCAAUUUGAACCCCAUGGAUGUCUGGGUUUUCCCUGAUUAGUGCCGUAAGUGGCUCUAGCGCCAAGACAUAUAGCAUCGGGGAAAGGGGGCACCCCUGCCUGGAGCCGUUCGAGAUCUCAAACGGAGUGGAUGUGAACCCUCCUCCCACCACUUUAGCGGUCGGGUUGCUGUAUAGGGUUUUUACUAUUGAGAUAAACGUAUCCGGGAAUCCAUAUUUCUGCAGGACCGCCAGGAGGAAGGGCCAGUGCAGUCUGUCAAACGCUUUUUCGGCGUCAAGUGAGAGAAAUACACCAUGCUCCCUCCCCCGUAGGCUCUGUAUUAGGUUGAUUACCUUGCGCGUUCUGUCGGCGCCUUGCCUCCCCUUGAUAAACCCCACCUGGUCCUGGUGGAUAAUCGCCGGGAGAAUGUUAGCUAGUCUAUUUGCGUAUAUUUUAGCAAUUAUUUUUAUGUCUGUAUUUAACAGUGAGAUCGGGCGUAGGUUUUGCCCUUAAAACUUUAUAUUUUGAUAUUUCUAAUUUAUUAAUACUUUUUUUUUUUUUUUUUAAGAGCAUGGGCUUUUCUGAAUGAGAACUUAAGGAAGAGAGGAACCCUUUUAGUGACUGUACCAAGCUUGAAGGAAUCUCUGGGAAAGCUAAAGGUGUGUAAUGGUAUAAUUUGGCCUGUAAACAGAUGUCAUUUUAUUUUUUGUUUGCAUAAUAAAAUUGGCAAUUCUUCUGUGCUGUACUUCUUUUUUAAUAUGUAAGCUUAUUUGAUUCUUAAUGGUUUAGGAAGCUCCACUGUCCCUGUCUUAUGAUAUUGAAUUGAUAAUCUGUCAUUUGUGGGAGAUUUACAUUUUAAAUUAAAGGGACAUUAUAGUCAGCAGAGCAACUACAACUGUAAGUAGUUGUUCUGGUGUGUAUAGUAUGUCCCUGCAGACAUUUGAAUGUAAACACUGCAUUUUCAGAGAAAAGCCAAUGUUCACAUUACUGCCUAGUAACACCUCUAGUGACAGCCACUCAGAUGGCCGCUAGAGGUGCUUCCUGAGUCAGUACUGCACAACGUGCAGCAUUGACGUUCAGCGUCUCCACUCUCUACAUUGAUUCGAUGCAUCGCUAUGAGGAGAUGCUUAUUGGUGCGAUACCCCCCCAAUGAUUUCCUAUGGGAAAGCAAUGGAUUGGCUGAGAUCAUCAAUGUUGAUGAUCUCAGCCAAGGGGACAGAGCGUGGGCGGGACCUGUAAAAAAGACUAGUACAACUGAACAAUAAUAGUGAAGUAUAAAGAACAAUUUUCUACCUAUGAUAUUCACACUGUCUUUACUGUGUUUAAUUUCCAGAUGAAUAUUGAUAUAGGUCAUUGGGUGGAAGAAAUUGAUUUGCACACAAACGUCUAUUUAGGAGAAGAAAUUGAUCAGCAAGCACUGAAUGACAUUCAUCUCUACGCCGUCCGAUAG